AUGGACGGGCAGCAUUCGGAAAAGUCACAGAGCGACACCACGGCUGAUAGGACGUCAUCAGCCAUGUCCCAGAACCCCAGGGCAGCCCAGCGCCAGGCUGGGACACAACGGACAGUAGUGCAAAGACGGGCGCAUCCUGAGGAAGGCACCCCUCGGCCAUCGGGCAGCUCCACCUGCCUGGGCCCCGGGGAGGCCGGUGGGGGAGCAGGUCAGAGGCCGGCGGGCGCCCUCCCCUGCCAGCUCAGACCCCCCACCCAGGGUGCCCUCCGUGGGCCCCAAGGCGGGCCCGGCUCUCCCGACUAUCCCCGGCGGGUUCCGGUGCAGGAUUCCCAGGGGAGCCGGGCCCCAACCCGUGGCAGCAGCCAGCCUCCAUCGGAAAAGCCGCGCUUCCUGGGAGCGGCAGGGAAGUGGCUGGUUUGUGCGAGAGGCCGUGUGUUCUGGGACAGGUCACUGGGCCUGUCUGGGUCUCGGCACCGCGUGGGGUGGGUGUGCGAGGACUGCAUGGAGUGUGAUGAGGUGGGGCUGGAGGGUGGGAGAAUCUCCUCCCCUAUCUCCAGAUCCAUGAAGGACCUGUCUUGUAUGAAGGUACCUCAGGACCCUGCUUACAGGGACAGACAGGCACACCCCACCACCAUUCUUCUCUGCAAGUCACGGAGCAGCCAGGCUGCUCUGAUGCCCAAGGAGCACAAGAUGUUCAUGGAGGAAGCCUACAAUGCAGCCAUUUGCUUCAAGAUGCUCCGUGACCUGAAUGGGUCAGAUCCCCUCCAUCUGAAGUACAUCAUCAAGAAGAUCAAAGGCAUGGCUUACAGAGCCCCCAACCUGGUGCUGGAAACCAUCCAUGACUACUUGGUAGACAAUCCAGAGAUCUCCUCCCGGCACAAGUUCCGGCUGUUCCAUGUCCUGGAGGCAGUCAUUGAAGCCAGCAACUCCCUGGAAGAGGCCUGGCAGAAAUCAUUCAUGCAGCUGGCCCUGGAGAACAUGACCAAGUCCACGGAGCUGGAGGAGGUGUACCAGGACGCGGCCAGCGACGUGCUGCUGGCCAUCUGUAGGCACUCAUGGCGCAUGGUGGCCCAGCACCUGGAGACCGAGGUCCUGACGGGCGUCUUCCCUCACCGCAGCCUCCUCUACGUGAUGGGCAUCCUGACCUCGAAUGAGGCCAUCUUCAAUGAAGGAGAGAAGGCAUGCUGGGAAGAGCAGCUGGCCCAGUUGGCCGUCAAGUCGGUCCAGUUCCUGAACACAGACGUGUGGUCCAAGGAGCUGCUGUUGGCACUCACCAAGCCUGACCGGACACAUCAGGAGCAGCCCCCCGAGAAGGCUUUUCUGUUCAUCUACUAUGGGCUGAUCCUUCAAGCUGAGGACAACAGCACCACCGUCAGGACACACCUGAGAACCCUCCUGGACACGUCUCAUCAGUGGCCCAAGCAGAGGGAGGGUAUCGCACUCACCAUAGGGCUGGCCGCAGCCCGCCACCUGGACCACGUCUGGGCUGUCCUGGAGCAGUUUGGCCGCAGCACACCCAUUAAAUGGAGCCUCCACAGCUUCUGCCUGAAGAAUGCAGAGGACCUCCAGUGGAAGUGGGCCAGCAGUACCAUCCUCCUGUCCUACGGUCAGAUGGCGGUCAGGGCCAAGGCGCACAUCCUCCCGUGGGUGGACAACAUCCUGUCGCGGAUGGUCUUCUAUUUCCACUACAGCUCCUGGGACGAGACCCUGAAGCAGAGCUUCCUCAGUGCCGUCCUCAUGCUGGUGGGGGCCAUCAACCGUAAUGAGGGGGCCCACAGCUAUGAGUUCUCCCAGGUGUCUGAGCUCCUCGAUUGUCUGAUGGUUUUGAUGGAGAAGGAACCUCGGGACACGCUGUGCACGCCAACCCGCCAGCAGACCAUUCACAUCAUCUCCAACCUCUGUAAGCUGAGGCCGCCCCUGGACUUGGAGAAGAAGUCACAGCUGCUGUCCACCUGCCUCCACAGCGUGUUGGCCCUGCCACUGCUAGACGUCCUGGAGAAACACACCUGUCUCUUUCUAGAGCCGCCCAACAUACAGACCCUCUACAACAAGACCUCAAGCGCCCUGGACCAGUUGCUGCAGAGCUUCAUCAUGCAGAGCCCCACGACCGACGAGCUGCACUUACUGCUGUCGCACCUGUACCCCUGGCUGGCGUCGGAGAAGGCUCAGGAGCGGCAGCGGGCUGUGGGCCGCAGCACCGCCCUCCUCAGAUUCCUGAGCCACAGCCACUCCCUGGACCCAAAAGAGGACUUCAGGCGGAUUGGGCAGCUGGUGGGCAUGCUGGGGAUUUUGUGCCAGGACCCAGACAGGGCCAUCCAGCACUCCAGCAUGGAAGGGCUGGGCCACCUGUAUCAGCUCCUAACAAACCAGACAGCCAGGGCAGCUCCGAUGGUGAACACGCAAGCCCCCAAGCAGCUUUCCCCAGCCACCGUGGAUGGGGCUCCCAUCUGGAACAGCGGAGACCAGAAGACAGCUCCCCCCACCCCUCCGGAGAUGACAUUCCCAAAGGAUCGCAUCUUCCAGCUUGACAGCUCCCAAGUCAUCAAGGAGGUCAUGAAGCAUCUCACGAAGGCAGAGCUGACCGACCUCAUCUGGACAGCCAUCGAAGGCCUGGGCUCCGCCAGCCCCUUCCGCAUUCAGGCAGCCGCCGACAUGCUGCUCACCACCAUCAGGGAGCACGGGGCCAAGCUGGAGACCGUUGCCAACCUGGGCCGGGCCAUCCACUUGCAGCUCUGCUCUGUCCGCAUCCCCCAAGCCAAGGAAAAGGCUCUGCACGCCAUCACCCUGCUGGCCCGGACCCACACCCCCGAGCUGGUGGCCACCUUCCUGGACUUCUCCAUACCCCUGGACAGCCACGCCUUCCGCUUGUGGAGGGCCCUGGGGGCCGAGCAGCCCGUGAGUCGCCAGGUACUGGCCGUGCUGCUGACCUGGCUGCAGGAGCGGCCCCUGCCCCCCGGGCCCCGAGAUGGCGGCCCCCAGCCCAAGGACAAGCCCUGCCCGCGCUCGCUCGCUGCCAUGAACAUGCUGCAUGAGCUGCAGUUUGCGCGGGAGUUCAAGAAGGCCGUGCAGGAGGCCUUCCCGCAGCUCCUCCUGGCCCUGCUCACCCAGCUGCACUACACCCUGGAGCUGCACCUGCCCCGGGAGCCUGACCCCCCAAUCCCAGGGCAGCAGGCACCCUCCCCAGGGCAGGGCUGGCCAGUGACCCCCCCAUCCCACUGCAGCACGUCCCUGGAAGCACUGAAAAGCCUGCUGUCCACCACGGGCCACUGGCAGGACUUCGCUCACCUGGAGCUGCAGGGCGCCUGGAAGCUCUUCUCCACCCUCGACACCUACCCACAGGGCGUGAGUCUCCUCACCAGGGCCAUGGUGCAAAACCACUGCAAGCAGAUCAAGGCCGUGACCAGCCAGCUGCUGCCCAAUCUGCAGAGCAAGGAGGCACGGGAGCGGAAGGUGGCCAUCCUCAUCCUCACUGAGUUCCUCUACAGUCCCACCCUGCUGGAGGUGCUCCCCAGGCAGGCUGCCCUGAUUGUACUGGCCCGAAGCCUCAGGGACCCCAGCCCCGAGGUCCGCGUGUUGAGCCUGCAGGGCCUGGGAAACAUCCUCUUCCACCCAGAGAAGGAAAGCCUGCUCCGCAGACAGCUGCCGCCCUUCCUCGACGGCUUCUUCCAGAACAACGAGCAGGUGGUCGUGCAGGUCAUGGGCACCGUGUCGGACGUGCUGCACCGCUUAGGCGCACACAGCGCCGCCGCCCAAAGCCUGGGGGUCGCCAUCAAUGCCCGCUCCUUUUUCGACGACGAACGGGACGGCAUCCGGGCGGCGGCCAUAGCAUUGUUCGGGGACCUGGUGGCCGCGAUGGCGGGCAAGGAGCUAAGCAGCCUGCGGACCCAGGUCCACCAGAGCAUGGUGCCCCUCCUCCUGCACCUGAAGGACCACUGUCCGGGUGUCGUCACGCAGGCCAAGUUCACCCUGUACCGCUGCGCGGUGCUGCUCCACUGGCGGCUCCGGCACACGCUCUUCUGCACGCUGGCGUGGGAGAGGGGCCUCAGUGCCCGCCACUUCCUCUGGACCUGCCUGAUGACCCACAGCCAGGAGGAGUUCGGCAUCCACCUGGCGCAGGCCCUCAGCUACCUGCACAGCCGCCACCGACACAUCAAGACCUGGGCAGCGCUCUUCAUAGGUUACACCAUCUGCUACCACCCCCAGGCCGUGUCCCAGAUGGUGAGCAGCCUCGACACAAACCUGCUGUUCUCCACUUUUGAAGAUCUCAAAAAAGACCCGGAGCCCGGCAUCCGAGUAUUCGCCACCAGGCAGCUCUGCUUCCUCCAGAAGGUGGCGGCCAGACCGCAGUGA